ACAACUUUAAAAACCAUUUGUUUUUCUGAGUAUAUGAUACACCCUAUUUUGCUCCCUGUUGCCACGGUAUUUAGUCCUGAAAGCCUCGGUUUAGGGAUUGUGCCCCUUUUCGUGAAAUAUACAGACAAUAGCCUCGCACUCCAAUGGACAACAUCUCAGAGCUCAUUGAGAGGCUCUCAAACGAUGAAGAUGCUGUUAAAAAGAUGGCGGUCUUUAAGCUCCAAAGUAAUAUCGGGGAUCCGUCGUUUGCGGAGAUAUUCAUAGCUCAAGGAGGACUCGCGAAGCUUCGGAAGUUGGCAUUAACGGCCAGCGGGAAUACACUUGCCUACUCUCUAACGUCCUUUUCGAGGCUUCUGGAACUCGAUAAAGGGUGGGACUUUGUCAAUUCCGAACUCAUUUCACGGGUUGUGGAAUUAAUCGUCACACAUCCUCUUGUUAAUAUUCUUCGUGGCGCCAUGUCGAUACUCGUUUCGAUUGUUUCUCACCCACAUACUUCCUCGACUAGAGGUUCCUAUACCGGUCCAUUCGGAUUUCGGGCACUAAAGCCGGCUAUUUCUAUGCACCCGCAAUUUUUGGAGAUGCUGGUUAGCAGGCUGUCGUCUGCGGACCAUGCUCUAUGCGCGAAUUCAUUACAACUCAUAAACUCUCUUAUGAGGGAUGCUAUCACCAAUGAUACAGACAAUGAAUGGCCAAGGUUUAUUAAGAGAUUGCAGGAUUUGGGUGUUAUCAAAGCUGUCUUUAUACUUAUGCAAAGCUCAGCGUUACAGGAUCUUGCACAUCCGUUGUUAGAGUUCCAGGCAUUGACUAAAGUUUUGUUGCGCAGGUGGAGGGAUGUCAAAGUAGAUUUGGAAGCCAAGGAGCAUCGGAUAGCGCUGAAGGGACUACACCUAGCAAGUGCACCAGAGAGAUCAGAUCCCGGGACGGACCCGAAAGCAGACUCGCCGGCAAAGAAAAAACAUAAUCCAGAAAAAUGGAGGCGCCUAGGAUUUGGGACUGAGUCUCCAGCAUGGGAGUUUAGAGAAGUUGGGUUCCUAGGUAUGAUGGAUUUAACAGACUUUGUUAGGAAAGAUGAGGACGGAUUCCGGAAAGUUCUCCUGGAACAAAACGCGAAAGAAAUGGAGUAUAGAUGUCCAGUUGCCCGUGCGAGCAUCACUGUCACUUCGAUCCUCUAUCAUCAAUUCCGGGUGGACAAAUCCGAGAUCGACGAUAUCAAGACUUAUCAAGUUCUCGAAUCACGAACAAAUUAUGAGAGGGCCUUUCGUCCGUUAUUGCUUCAGUGGUCCAGACUCCAUACCGGCGCUUUACUUGCAUUCAUACGCCUCUGGAGAGAGACUGGAGCUAGUCUGGAGGAUUAUGAAAAAGUCACGGAGUUAUUGAGGGUGCUGAUCUACCAUGUUAUUGGACAAGCCCCACGAACAAAAGAAGUCCAUGAGGUGGAAGAAGAGCUCGCGCUUUUUGAAUACUUGCGUCUGCGAGACCUUCAAAUGGAGAUCCUAGAGAACACCUAUGAGAGUGCAUGGGGGAAUCAUCUGAAGCAUGUGAGGGAGGAACUAAAAACUGAAGCUCUGCAGUUCGUCAAGGAGCAACGCAUACGAUGUCUAUUACAUGGUGCAUGGUUUCCUGUAUCAACUCCUAGAACAGAGGCUUCGGGGCUGAAGAUACAAAUGGAUAAUAAAAAGUCCACGAGUGGAUGGAGAUACGUCCGACUUUCUCACAAUAGGAGGUAUCUCCACUACUGCGAUUAUGAGAAUGAAACGGUAUAUGAGCCCAAGCUAGAGGAACUCCCUGAAAAGAUCGACCUCUCAAUUGUCUCUAGCGUUGUGUCAAACGUAGUACCUGCGAGUAUUGGUUCCGGCUCCUCUCAUGGCACUUUAACCCAAGGGGCCUCCAAACUUGCUAGCACCAAGAUAACAAUUCAUGGAUACACCGACUCGAACCCACAGCGUGCGAAGGAGUCUAUACUACUAGUUCUCCAUCCGCAAACCCAUAGCGUUGCAUCGGAAUGGCUGGAUGGGUUACUGAUGCUCCUAAACCAACAGCCCAUCACCUCCGAGACAUCAAAACUGAUCAAUGUGGUGACAAAUUAUGGACUCAAGAUCAGACUUCUUAACGUGAGGUAUACGGAUGAUUUCCAUACCAACCCUCCAGAUCUUCCAUCAAGAGACGGAGUAGAUGAUGAUUAUUACUAUAGCUUGUUUGUUUAGUUAAUUUUCCUUGCCGAUUAGCUUUUUCUACUCGGGAUUCAUUCUUUUUCCCGAUUCCCAGCUUUCGGGUUCACUAUUUUACUUUAUAUUCUUUUCGGGGCGUGGAGGGGUUUAAGGAUAAAGUGCGCGUGCUUUAAUAUAUAUCCGGUUUGCAGUAGGAAUAGAAUACCCCAGUUUGACUGGGGGGCCUGGUUGCCGUUCCCGAGAUCAUGUCAUUGACUAUCACUCGAUCACUUUUACCUUCCUUAGGCUCACGAUUAUCUCAAUCCCAUUCCUUCCAUAGCUUAUGUUAGGGCCGGGGUUUUCUAUGGUGUCGUAACAGAAUUACAGCUUCCCGCAGAAGGUGUUUAGUAGCGGCGUUUCCGUAAGGUCCAAGCUCGCUCUCGUUGUCGCGCAUGGUUUACAACAACUGCGACGGUCACGACGACAACGCCACCUUCUUGACGAGAGACGCGACCCGCGAUUACCCCCAUCCAGUCAUAGUCCCCUCCUGUGAGCAACCCGCCUAAACCAGAGCUAUUCCUGUCGCCCUCCACUCUACCGUGUCGCUCUAAAAACGCUCCUUUCCUCGCACCACCAAAGUCGCAGAAAACACCCCCGAGUGAGAUCAGGUGAAUAACCAUUAAAGGCUUUGGGCUAGGUUUCUUCUUUAGGUCAACGAAAUUUAAGAUAAAAAAUAAUAAAAAUAGAAAAUAGGGAACGGAGCGAUAUCUGCAAGGGCGUCUAACUCUUGCUCGCCAUUGCAAUUGAAAAAUACCUUCCACAC